CACCAGCAGUAUUUAACUUGUUUGAAGGGAACACACUUGCAAGUGUCUCCUGUUGACAAGACAGAUUCUCCUGGUAGUUCACACAAUGUUCAAAAGGCACAAGUUCCUUGCUUCAGAACGCAGGAGAGAAUUAAUUUCCCCAGGAGCUACACGGUCCAUACUGAAGAAUGACCUGAGAAAUUUUCACUCUUUGUCGCAAUUUAUACUCGCAGCAGGCCCUCUAAGAUCAACUCCAGCAGUUAAACAUUCAAAAACUACUCACUUUGAGAUUGAAAUACUUGAUGCUCAAACCAGAAAGCAGAUAUGUAUUGUGGACAAGGUGACACAAAAAUCUACUAUUCAUGAUGUGAAACAAAAAUUUCACAAAGCAUGUCCAAAGUGGUGCCCUUCUCGAGUGGGCCUGCAGCUAGAACGUGGUGGGCCCUUUUUGAAGGACUACAUAACCAUUCAAAGUGUUGCAUCUUCCUCCAUUGUCACACUUUAUUUUACAGACCUAGGUCAACAAGUCAGUUGGACUACAGUAUUUUUGGCUGAAUACACAGGACCUCUGCUAAUAUAUCUCCUCUUUUAUUUGAGGAUCCCAUAUAUAUAUGACAUGAAAGAGAGCUCUAGAAGAUUACGUCACCCAGUGGUACACUUGGCCUGCUUCUGUCAUUGUAUACACUAUAUCCGAUACCUUUUGGAAACCUUAUUUGUUCACAAGGUUUCCGCAGGACAUACACCUUUGAAAAAUUUGAUAAAGAGUUGUGCCUUUUAUUGGGGAUUCACUUCUUGGAUUGCCUACUACAUUAAUCACCCACGGUAUACACCACCAUGCUUAUAUGUGGAAUCCAAAAAGAAAAAAAAAGCAUUUGGAAACAGGCAAGUCACAGUAUCUGCUAUCAAUUUUCUGAUUUGUGAAGCUGGAAAUCAUUUCAUCAAUGUAGUGUUGGCUCAUCCCAAUCACACAGGAAAUAAUGCCUGUUUUCCAAGUCCAAAUUAUAACCCCUUUACGUGGAUGUUUUUCCUGGUUUCAUGUCCUAACUACACCUAUGAGAUUGGAUCAUGGAUUAGUUUCACAGUCAUGACGCAAACAUUGCCAGUUGGGAUUUUUACACUUCUGAUGAGUAUCCAGAUGUCUUUGUGGGCACAAAAGAAACAUAAGAUUUACCUGAAGAAAUUCAGUUCUUAUAUGCAUAGGAAAUCAGCAAUGAUUCCAUUUAUAUUGUAAGAAAAAAUAAGUGAUCUUAUCUCAUAUACAGAAAGCAGUAUAUAAACUCACUAAAUCAAACUUGAUAAAGGAUAGAUGCCUAUUAUGCUCCAGAAAUUCACAAACAACAGUAUUUUUGCUUGAGUAAAAAUACAAAAUGGUAGAAUCUAGCUGAAUUCAGAGUAAUAAACUUGAGGUAAAUGAAAAGUAGAAAUUAUUGAUAUAACUAAUGGUAAAUAGCAUCCAAUAUGUUUGCAAGGGACUGAUCCUUGAAUGAGAUGUUCUUACUGCAUUAAAUAUUUCAUAACUAUUUGCUUAAGACCAUUUAGAAUAUCUGAAUUCUAAAAAGUAAAUAUUUUAAAAAGUUGUAACAUUUAAAUCACUUGAAUUUUACAUAUUAUUUUGA